AUGGUUAAGCAGAUGAUCAUGGGCCAGGGCAAGACCACCGUGGUGUGUCCUCUGCUGGUACUCAUGCUGGCCGAUGGCAAGCAGCUGGUGGUCUUGGUUGUUCCGGGGGCCUUGCUGGACAUGUCUCGUCGCGUCUUGCGGGCCACCUUCGCCUCGGUUCUCACGAAGAAGGUGGGCACCUUUGAGUGCGAGAGAUCCUCGGCCUUCGAUCCGCACCUCUUGCGGAAGCUGGAGAAGGCCAAGACGUCGGGCGCUGCCGUGGUGACAGUGCCGACAUCUGUGAAGUCGCUGAUGUUGCGAAUGGUUGAGCUCAUGAUGAAGCUCCAGGCGAAGGGCAAGGAGGCCGACACUGCCGUGACAGAAACGCGAUCUCAGGUGCGGCAGCUCUCUCAGGCCCUGGCGCUCUUCCGACAAGGGGCCGUGCUGAUGGACGAGGUGGAUGUGGUGCUCCACCCGCUGAAGUCGGAGUUGAACUUCCCUUACGGCCCAAAGGAGCCGCUGGACGGAUCUUCCCCGCGAGCCUUCCGAUGGACGCUGCCCAUGCACCUCUUCGAAGCCUUCUUCUUGGCACAGGCCAUCCUAAAGGCUGGAGGCAAGAUUCCGGCAAACGCGGAGGCCCGUACUGAGGAGCAGGCUAGAACCGUUGCAGCGCUCGAGGUAAGGGCCACCUCGGUGCGCACGUGGGCGGAGAUUUCCGCCAUCGCGGCAGCUGCGUCGGACGACACCUGGCGGCCUUUGCCACGGCUCUUUCCCCAAGUGUCCUUCAGGAUGCUUCUUGAUGCCCUGGUCCCAGAUGUCGAUUCUCGGAGCCAUUUUGCCGUGAACAUCGGCGCGCGGGAUGGGAUCAUCCACGACCAGGUCUAUCCGCUCUUCAAGGAGGGCUACGGCGGCCUGGCCAUCGAAGCGGACGCUGCGUUCCAGGACAGGCUCGCCAGCAACCUGGCUGCUGUGAAUGGCAGCAACGCUAUUUUUGUUGUCAUGGAGGCAGCGCAGCCCCCCAGCAUCAACGCGCUGUUUCAGAAGUUCAGGGUACCUUUCGAUUUCGACUGUCUGAAGAUUGACAUCGAUAGUAUCGAUCUGCCGAUUUUGCAAAGCAUCCUGCUGAGUGGAUACUCUCCGAAGUUGAUCAUGAUCGAGAUGAACCCCGACAUCCCACCUCCGUUUCAAAUCUACCUGGAAUUUGACCCCCAAUGCGUAUGCGAUGAGGCGAAGGGAGCCUAUGGGGCAUCUGCCGAUGCCAUUUACCGUGAGGCAUCCCUGCGGGGAUACUCACUCAUUGCUUUCGAGUCCUUUGAUAAAGACAGCCCCCGCCCUCGCACCGAGCACAACAUGUGGUUUGUCCGCAACGACCUGCUGGGUCGAAACGCAGACAACCCACUUGUGAGUUGGCGUGGAAUGGUUCGCAUGUAUUGGGCGCAGAUGGCCCGGCUGGACUGCAUUCACGUCGGCGUCUUAACGCCCACUGCCCAAGACAUGUGUCCAAACCAUCAGAUCCGAGAGGUCUUUGUGGAGCUGGGAGGUCAGAACGCAAGUUGGCCAUUUGCAAGGAUGUCCUCCUAUGUGGCGCAACAGGAUCCGCUGAGCUCAAUGCAUCUCGCAUCCUUUUGGAGAUGGCAGUUUGAGCGUCACCUUUGCACGAAAGCCUGCAAGUUCUCAGCCGCAGUGGCUCGAGGCGACGGGUAA